AGAAGGAGAAGCAGCAGACCAGACCAAAAGACGAAGGCACACACACACACAAACACACACGGUGAGAAGAAGAAAUGCCAAAUUUUGCAGGCACCUGGAAGAUGAAAAGCAGCGAGAAUUUUGACGAGUUGCUCAAAGCACUUGGUGUGAAUGCCAUGCUGAGAAAGGUGGCGGUGGCGGCUGCUUCCAAGCCUCACGUGGAGAUCAGACAGAAUGGCGAGCAGUUCUACAUCAAGACUUCCACCACCGUCCGCACCACGGAGAUCAACUUCCACGUCGGCGAGGAGUUUCAUGAGGAGACGGUGGAUGGAAGAAAGUGUAAGAGUCUGGCCAUCUGGGAGACAGAAAACAAAAUGCACUGCAACCAGACUCUACUCAGUGGCCACGGGCCCAAAACCUUCUGGACCAGAGAACUCAGAGGGGAUGAACUCAUAUUGACCUUCGGAGCUGAUGAUGUUGUGUGCACGAGGAUCUACGUACGAGCAUAGAAGAAACCCAAGCAGACGUUUUCAGCAACUGUCCAUCAUCAUUCCCAAAGUGCAUCCACACAUUUCAGCACCUUGUCUCGUAUUGUCUUAUAUCUCCAUAAAACACUCCAUGAUCCGGAUAUGGCUUUUCUCUUCUUUUCCAUGGCCAUUCCCUGCACCGUGCAUCAACCAAUACGGUAUACGUAUGUCUUUCAUAUGUAUUUGGACACAUAAUAGCAUCAAUUUGCUG